UGGACCGCCCGGCGCUUUUGGAGUUUGACGUGGCACUCAGCAUUCCGCAAAGCAAGCAGACGAGGCCAGCAGAAGCCCAUCAUACAGACUGUAAGAGGCCAAUUGUUGGCAUGAAAAGAGGGUCCAAAUGAGUGAGCACGGUUACGUUGCUGCAACCUCGUACUCCCAGGCCCAGCCGGGCUUGGGAGGCUACCAAGGGGGAUUCGGGGCCGCUCCUGCGCAACCCCACUACGGACACUACGGAGGAGCGCCGCAGGCAUUCACGGCGCCUCCUACAGCUGUGCAGAAAUUGCCGACGUCCUCUGGUCCAGGUCAACCUCCACCUCCCGGGCCUGGUCAUUACAAUCCAAACAGCCAACAGAAUGGAGCUCAUAUGCAAAGGUACCCCCCUGCCACUUAUGGGCAACCACCACAGCCGUCAUACAACAGCAUGGCCUCUCCAGCCCCGCCUCCACCCAUGCAGCUCACUAACCAGAUGAGCGGCAUGAAUUUGGGCAACUACGGGCCCGUUCAGAACCCCCCCUCCGCGACGAGCCCCAUGGCCCAGCAGCCUUUCCGGGGACCUCCUCCUCCAACCGCGGCGCAGCCCCCCAUGCCGCCCCAGAUGGCUCCACCGGCAAGCAUGUCCAUGGGUCAACCCUACCCUGGCGCGCCUCCUCCUACAGCUCCCGGAGGCUUCCAUCAGCCUGGACUGGCCGGCCCACCAGGACCGGCCGGUCCACCUGGAUACCCACAACAAGGAGGUCCGUUUAUGGGAGGCCACAUGGCAGGACCUCAGCCAGGGGGCUUCCCUGGAGGACUGGGCCCACAACCCGGUCCUCCCCAGAAGAAACUGGAUCUGGACUCAAUUCCCAGCACAACCCAAGUGAUCGAGGACGACCAAGCCAGACACGGAGGACAAGUCUUCAGCACCAACAUCCGAGGACAAGUCCCACCUCUGGUCACUACCAACUUCACCGUGCAAGACCAAGGUCACGCCAGUCCCAGGUUCAUCCGCUGCACCACCUACUCCUUCCCGCGUACCGCCGAGCUGGCCAAACAGUGUCAGGUGCCCCUGGCGUGUGUCGUCAAACCUUUUGCUCGAGUGCCUAAGAAUGAGGCGCCGUUGUAUCUGGUGAAUCACGGCGAAAAUGGCCCCAUCCGCUGCAAUCGGUGCAAGGCCUACAUGUGCCCCUACAUGCAGUUCCUCGACGGCGGCCGCCGCUACCAGUGUGCUUUCUGCAGCUGCGUCAACGAAGUGCCCGUCUUCUACUUCCAACAUCUGGAUCACAUGGGCCGGCGGGUGGACUUCUACGAGCGAGCCGAGCUGUCGCUGGGAUCCUACGAGAUGGUGGCCACGCUGGACUACUGCAAGAACAACAAGCCGCCCAAGCCACCUGCCUACAUCUUCAUGAUCGACGUGUCCUACAACAACAUCAAGAGCGGACUGGUCAGGCUCAUAUGCGACGAGCUCAAGACGCUACUUGACAAGCUGCCCAGGGAGGAGGGCGCCGAGAGCUCGGCCAUCAAAGUGGGCUUUGUCACCUACAACAAGACGCUCCACUUCUACAACGUCAAGAGCUCCCUGUCGCAGCCGCAGAUGAUGGUGGUGUCCGACAUGGCCGAGAUGUACGUGCCGCUUCCCGAUGGCUUCUUGGUCGACUUCCAGGAAUCCAGGGCGCUGGUCUGCAACCUCCUGAGCCAGAUCCCUGAAAUGUUUACCGAGACCAACGAGAGCGAAACGGUUUUUGCUCCUGUCAUCCAAGCUGGUGUGGAGGCCUUCAAGGAAGCGGACUGCAGCGGCAAGCUCUUCAUCUUCCACUCGUCCAUGCCCACCGCCGAGGCUCCCGGCAAGCUGAAGAACCGGGACGACAAAAAGCUGGUGAACACGGACAAAGAGAAAACGCUGUUCCAGCCGCUCAAGGCCACGUACGAGGAUCUGUCCAAGGACUGCGUGGCUCAGGGAUGCUGCGUGGAUCUCUUCCUCUUCCCAAACCAGUUCAUAGACGUGGCCACCAUGGCGGACGUCCCGUCGCACACGGGCGGCUCCGUCUUCAAGUACAACAACUUCCAGAUGGACACGGACGGCGAGCACUUCUUGCAGGACCUGAGGAAGGAAGUGCAGAAGAGCAUCGGAUUUGACGGCAUCAUGCGUGUUCGUACCAGUACAGGUUUCAGAGCCACCGACUUCUUCGGCGCCAUCCACAUGAACAACACCACUGACGUGGAGAUGGCAGCGGUGGACUGCGACAAGGCAGUGACGGUGGAGUUCAAGCAUGACGAUGCGCUCAGCGAGGAGACGGGCGCUUUCAUCCAGUGCGCCUUGUUGUACACCACGGUUGGAGGUCAGCGGCGUCUGCGCAUCCUCAACCUCGGUCUCAACUGCAGCUCGCAUUUGUCCGAGCUUUACAAGAGCUGCGAGACCGACACGCUCGUUAACUUCUUUGCCAAAUCCGCCUACCGCGCCAUCCUCAACCAGCCCCUGAAGAACGUGAGGGACAUUCUGGUCAACCAGACGGCCCACAUGCUGGCCUGCUACAGGAAGAACUGCGCCAGUGCCUCGGUCGCCAGCCAGCUGAUUCUGCCGGACGCCAUGAAGGUGUUCCCGGUCUACAUGAACAGCCUGAUGAAAACGCCCCCCCUGACGGGCAGCACGGAGCUGUCCACGGACGAGCGCGCCCAUCAGCGCCUCGCCCUCAUGGCCAUGGCGGUGGAGGACAGCCAGCUGCUGCUCUACCCCCGCCUCACCCCGCUGCACAACAUGGAUGUCAGUAGCGAGGUCCCGCCCGCCCCGACCCGCUGCUCCGAAGAGCGGCUGACGGAUGACGGCGUGUUCCUGCUGGAGAACGGUCACGUCUUAUUUCUGUGGCUGGGCCAGGCCAGCCCCCCAGAUGUGAUCCAGGGUCUCUUCAACGUGCCUUCGCUCGCCCACUUGCAGGCCCACGUGUGUGCGUUGCCAGAAUUGGAUAACCCGCUGUCCAAGAAGGUCCGAGCCAUCGUUAAUGACCUUCUGGAAAAGAGGCCCAGAUCCAUGAAGCUUCAGAUUGUAAGGCAGAAGGACAGGCCUGAAAUGAUGUUCCGCCAAUUCCUGGUGGAGGACAAAGGCCUGCACGGGGGUACCUCCUACAUGGACUUCCUUUGCCACGUUCACCGCGAAAUCAGACAACUGCUAACCUAAAAAAAA